AUGACUGAUGAGAAACAGACUCUGGUAGCGUCACGCAGUGGCUACCGCUCAAAGUUCACCAGAAUCAAGAACAUUAUCGCGAAGUAUGACAAAGACAAAUCACUACUGAAGCUGUCAUCUGCGAUCUCGGAAAUUGAACAUAAUUUGAGCCUAAUGCCAGCUCUUCGAAACAAUCUAGAGUCCAUCACCGACAAGAUCAUUUCACUCACUGAUGAUAUGGAAGAUCGUAGGUUGGAGCAGGAAAGUUUGGAUUUGUAUCUGGACGAUUUUGAUGUUCAAGAGACCAAACUCAUUGCACUGAGAGAUGAGGCCAAGAAGUCCCCGGUUUCUGAGACGGACUCAAUUCGUGGUAUGGUGGAGAUGCUGAGCAACAAGUUGGAUGAACAGCUUGUCCAGCAGGAAGUGGAGCGAAGAGUUGCAGAAGCAAAAUACAAAAUGGACCGGGAAGCAGAACAGAAGAAAUUCGAGGCCACACUCAAUCUCUUGGUGUCGGACAAUCACUCAUUCACAGCUUCGAGUCCGAAAUCAAAAGAUCCGACUUCGAAAUUGAAACUGAAAGAGCUCUCCAUACCGGAAUUCAGUGGAGAAUAUUCAGAUUGGAUGGGUUUUAGAGAUCUGUUUCUAGCCAUUAUUGAUAAGAAUGACGCUCUUGCUGAUGUUCAGAAACUAUACUAUCUGAAGUCCUCAUUAACAGGAGAAGCUAAAUCUAUCAUAGGAAAUCUGCCCACAGCUGCGUUAAAUUACAGAGUCGCUUGGGACAUGCUGGUAGACCGUUACGAUGAUAAGAUGGGCAUCGCUGUUAGUCACAUAAAAUCCUUUAUGAACGCUCCUAAAAUACACGAUCCCUCGGCGGCAUCUAUAAGACGUGCCCAAGUUACACUGAGCAGUUCUAUUCAGGCAUUGGACGCUAUGGGUAUGGGGCAAAGAGAUAUUUGGUUAAUCUACUUAGCCCUAGAAAAGUUGGACGAAGAGACCAGAAUGCUCUGGUCUAGAAAGACCUAUAAGUCUGUGCCAACAUGGACUUUAUUUAUGGACUUCUUGAAUGAGCGAUACAAAACAAUGGAAAUUGCCAACCCCGGAAAGCAUUCGUCUGCUAAGACGUAUGAGAAAGCUAAACCACCUAAAAUAUCUUCCAACCUAACGUCGACAUCAACAUCGGUCCCCGGAAGUAUUUUCGACGCCUGCUCAGGCAAUCAAUGUGCUUCGUGUGGGAAAACAAAUCAUCGCACAGUGAAAUGCUACAAGUUUCGAGGAAUGAACGACACCCAACGCCACGAGCUUGUGAAAAAUGCGAAACUGUGUGUCAAUUGCUUGGAUCCGGGUCACUCAGAGGAUGAAUGUCAAUCAUCGGUGUGCAGGAACUGCGGGGAGAAACAUAGCACAUGGCUACACUUUCACUUUCACCCUAAGUUGGGCCACGCUACAUCAUCGUCCCAUCUCACAUUGACUGAUACCAUGCCAGUUAUUGAUUCAGCACCAUCACCAGUAGAUAAUCCGAUUCCCGGCACCUCCACUCGAACGCAGUUGCACUGUAGUACCGGCACCCAGCCACAGAGCGAGACCCCAAUACUCCCUAACGUUCUGUUGGCUACGGCUGUGGUUUGCGUGGAAAAUGCCAAAGGAGAAAAAAUUUUGUGUAGAGCCCUCCUUGAUUCAGGAUCACAAGCCAACAUAAUUACCGAGAGAAUCUGCCAACUUCUAAAAUUCCCAAAAAAACAGUCUAACUGCAGAUUGGAAGGCAUCGGUGCUCAGGAAGCACACUCCAAAUACCAAGUCUCGGUGAGGUUUGGCCCAAGAGAUACCGACAACCUUAUCCAAACGGACUGUUUUGUGCAGAGUAAAAUCACUGGACUGCAUCCAUCAGUCCAGCUCUCAUCCAAGCUUCCAAUCCCAACAGAUUUGGUGUUAGCGGAUCCUCAAUGGAACACCCCUCAAACGAUAGACAUGCUUAUCGGAGGCCGCCACUAUUGGGAUUUGGUUCUGGACCAAACCAUCAGAAUGGGUCCUGGUCUGCCUCUACUGAAACAUAGUGUUUUCGGAUGGAUGGUCGUGGGAGAGGUUUCACCAAAUCAUGCUGGAACGCUGAGAAGCUACCUCACCACGCUUGAAAGUAUCGAUACCGUGUUGAGGCGGUUCUGGGAAAUUGAAGAAUACACUGGUGUUAAACAACAACGAGAGCAGGACGACGAGCUUGCGGAAAAGAUGUACCAGGAGACUACCACUAGACUCAGCAAUGGCCAGUUCAUGGUGCACCUGCCAUUCAAUGACCAGAUCACAGAAUUAGAAUCCAAUAUUGGAAACGCCAAGAAACAGUUAUAUCUUCACCAGAAAGCAAUCCAUACAACACCUGGGCUGUCAGAGAAGUUCGAAGAAGUUUUCAACGAGUACGAUGAACUUGGGAUCAUCGAACGAGUUCCAGAUGUUGAAAUCCCUUGUAAGGCGUACUAUAUGCCCUACCGAGGAAUAUUCAAGGAGGAAUCUUCAACCACUAAAUUACGCAUAGUCUAUAACGCCAGCUCCAAAAACAAAUCACAAGUAAGCCUCAACGACACCUUGCUCAUCGGCCCAGUCAUUCAACCACCUCUGGUGGUCAAUCUCUGGAGAUUUCGCCGAUAUCCAUAUGCGGCUACAGGAGAUAUAACCAAAAUGUAUCUUCAAUUUCUUGUAUAUCCACCGCAUAGAGAUUUCCUGCGAUUUUUAAGAAGGAAUUCCAAUACUGGGGAAAUUGAGCAUUGGCGUUUCAGGACGCUGGUGUUCGGAGUUGCAUCUUCCCCUUUUUUGGCUGUUCGCUCGGUCAAGCAGGUCAUCAUUGAGGACGGUGAUAAAUACCCGAAAGCCAAAGAGGUCGCCGAGAAGUGUUUUUACGUAGAUGACUGCUUGAUGUCUGCUCAAUCACCUGAGGAACUGAGGACCAUUAAAGAACAGUUGAUAGAGUUGAUGAAAUGUGCUGGACUUAAACUAUGUAAGUGGACAUCCAAUGUGCCUGAUCUCUCCGAGGAAGUCACUAGUAAGGAAGUCAGCGGCAGUUCUCUCAACACUAGUGAUGGUGAAAUGUCCAAAGCACUUGGCAUAUGUUGGGAUCACAACGAAGAUCAUCUUAGUUUCAAAAUGUCAAGUGAAGUGAGUGUGCAUCCUACAAAACGCGAGGUGCUUUCCGUGAUUGCGCGAAUUUUUGAUCCAUUGGGGUUGCUUGGACCCAUUAUCGUAAACGCGAAACUUAUCCUACAAGAAUUGUGGAAGUUGCAGUGCGAUUGGGACAAGAAGCUACCAAACGAGUUGAUUAAUCAGUGGAAUUCAUUUUUGGAGUCGCUUAAGGCCAUCGCCACCAUCAAAGUACCGCGGAGUGUAUCAGAGUUCACCCAAGUGGCUAAAUGGCAAGUCCACGUGUUCGUGGACGCUAGUGUAACUGCAUACGGAGCGGCUGUGUAUAUAGUCACUGAGGACUAUUCGCAAAACCGAAGUGUACAUCUUCUAACCGCUAAAUCGCGUAUAGCGCCUGUGAAGUUCGCUACCAUCCCAAAACUUGAACUCAGUGCUGCGGAAUUGGGCUCUAAAAUUGUGAACGCGGUUUGUGAAUCGUAUCAAUGUGCGGACUAUCACUGCUGGUCAGACGCCAAGGCGGUAAUUUGUCAAAUACGUGCACCAAAGAAUCGCGAAGUAUUCGUGAGGAAUCGCGUUAAAGUCAUUCUCGAAAACACUUCCUCAGAUACAUGGAAAUAUGUGCGGUCAAACCAAAACCCUGCGGAUAUUAUAUCCAGAGGUGCUACGGCCGAACAGCUGCUGAGUGCGAAAGAGUGGUGGAACGGUCCAAAAUGGCUUCUGGCUCCCUCCGAGGAUUGGCCGAAUGAGGAACCAGAGAUUGAGAAACAACUGGCUAUCCUUGCACUCACUGUCAAUUGGACUACGCCACGUGAGUACUUGUUUCAUAAGUCUAAUUCUUUUUCUUAUAUCAGAAGAGUCCUGGCUUGGGUCUUGCGAUUUGUUCACAAUUUUGCGAUAAAAUAUGGACGUCGCUCCGAUCAUCCUGGUACACGACGUGAUGGACCUUUGCAGGCCGAAGAAAUCUCACAGGCGGAAAUUCGUCUUGCCAAGCUCGAGCAGCAUGAGCUACUCCCAGGAGAUAUCCAUAUCUUGAAGGGCAAUACGAAGAAGAAGACAGUCACCAAGCACUUGCGCCCUUUAGGAGUUUUUCUCGACGCGGACGGAGUCAUGAGAGCAGGUGGACGGCUUGCAAAUGCGGACAUUCAAGAAGUAACCAGGAAACCAAUAAUCCUGCCUGGUGGGCAAUUGUCCAAAAUCCUUUUAUAUUACACUCAUCACAGUUUAGGACACGCUGGGCCAACCCUCAUGCUCUCUACCAUUAGAGAAAAGUAUUGGCCACUUUUCGGAAAACGUUCUCUCCAAAGAGUCUACCACAGCUGUGUCAUUUGCACAAUGAAAAGAAUACGACCUUGUCAGCAAGAAAUGGGACAACUACCUACAGAAAGAGUAAAUUUCACCAGACCUUUCGAGUCCACGGGUGUCGACUUCGCCGGCCCUAUCACCAUAAAGGUUAACCGACUGAGGAAGGCAUUGAUGAUGAAAGCAUACAUAGCCGUGUAUGUUUGCAUGGCCACUAAGGCGGUGCACUUGGAGGUGGUCAGUGACCUCAGCACGGAGUCUUUUUUGGCCAGUUUGAGGAGAUUCACCGCUAGACGGGGUACGCCCACCAAAAUGUUUUCCGACAACGCAACAAAUUUUGUGGGCGCCGCCAACCAAAUCAAUCACCUUCAGAAUCCUAUCAACGUUACCAAGGUUAUCGAUGCCACUUCCGGACAGGGUAUCCAGUGGAAAUUCAUCCCACCAAGAUCUCCGCAUUGGGGUGGACUCUGGGAAGCCGCCGUGAAGGCUUUUAAGUAUCACUUUGUCCGAGUUAUUGGGCCAACAAUACUAACAAUUGAAGAACUGAUGACUGUGGUUUGCCAAAUUGAGGGAGUACUUAAUAGUCGCCCUUUAACAGUACUUCCAUCCACUCCAGAUGAACCUAAAGUCCUGACCCCAGCACAAUUUUUGUUAUCGGCUCCAACUACUAAUUUCAUUGACUGGAAUUACCUUGAAGGAAACAGGCUUGACAGGUGGCAAACUACUCAGAAGAUCUUCCAGGACCUUGCUAAGCGAUGGAAGAAAGAAUAUCUGUUGACCCUACAUCGACGGGCAAAGUGGACUGAGGGUACCAUCAACCUGAAGGCUGGAGAUGUGGUGGCAUUAUUGGAAGACACUUCAGACAAAACUUCAUGGCCCAUCGGAGUGAUACACAGCGUACACCCCGGUAAGGAUGGCAAGGUUCGUAUGGUGUCAGUCAAAACAUCAAAAGGGAUAUACCACAGGACCAUCCAGAACCUUAUGAAACUACCCAUUAAUGUCCCAGAAGAAGAUCAACCACUUGUUGCCAAUUAG